AUGGUGGUGGAAAGCUUUGAACUGAGAGCGCAGAACCUCUCGCAGCAGGUUCAAGCCCUGGUUGCGGAAGAAAUCUUUGGUUCGGUUCAGGCUAGUCAACUAAGUCCGUAUUUUCACUAUUAUAGCCGCCAGUGCAGACAAAUAUCCACCAUGUCCAUGCAUCAUGGCCAGCAUCUCCCUGUAUCCAAUCAUGUCAAGCUCCUCGAUCUGAUCAAGAAGAUCCGCCUCCGAACUUCACACGCAGACAUCACACAAGGGCUCAUGGCCGACCACCCGACGUGUGUUGAAAACGUGAUUCACAACUCAAUCGACUUGGCCGUGCGUCUUCUACUCAUGAUUGAUGUUGGUAUGUUUGAGUACGCAUAUACGGGGCGAGACACAAUCACUUGGAAGGCUGGUACUAUCGAUGAUUUCUUGGGAACAUUGGACCUUUUCACUGGCCAACCAGAGUUACCAUGCGAAGGCCUCAAACUCGAGGCGAGUUUCAAUGUUGUCGACCUAGAACGUUUCGCCGGGUUCGAUGUUCAGCUCACCACCAAUUUGGCAGAUCAUCUGCUGGUUCGAGAAGAUGUCCAACGUGUCACCAUUUUCCAUCAUGCAACAUUUUUGCAGCAUCAAAGAGAAAUCUCCACAAUAUUCCCUCCGGGCUUCGUCGAGGAGACUUUACAGACCAUUGCACUAUUGUUUCCCAGGGGAGACAAGAGAGUCGAAAGAUGGUAUCGCAGAAAAGGCAAUCGCGACGAGCUUGACAUGUCAGCUUUGAGAUGCGGUCAUGCAAUCAGACAUGUAGAAAAAUACAGGUUUUGGAGGGAUCGCUUGGUCCAGCUCAAGGAAUCUUUCGAUGACACGAAACUGCGGACAGUUACACAGUGGUGGCAUGAUCGGCGGGACGGGGUACAGUGGUGGACAUUCUGGAUUGCUAUUUUCUUCACCGUCUUCUUUGGCCUGGUUCAAAGUAUCGAAGGUGCUUUGCAGGUAUACAAGGCGUAUCACCCUACCUGA